CGUCGUCAGUUCGUUUUUGAACGACGUUAAAACUCGUACUCGUUCUCACCGACUAAUUAAAAAAAAACUAUAAUUUAUUCGUAAAGUUCAUAAAAGAAAAAUUAAAACUUAAUUCUCAGGAGAAGAAAGAAAAUCUUCAAAUUCAAGAAAACAUGAAGACUCUACUCAUUUUAACCGUAUUGUUAACAAUAUUCGGGUCAACUUUUCAACAACAAGGAAAAAGCGUCGAAGACUUAAUCAAAGAAAUCUUUAUCGAUGGCAUGCUCGACACUAAAAACCCAGCAGUUACGCCAAGAAAUCCCGAUGCAGGAUGCGUAUGCGUACCUUAUUAUUUAUGCAAAAACGAUUCCACUAUCAAUACCGAUGGAGUUGGUAUCAUUGAUAUUAGAAUCGAUGAAAACCAAGGAGAAUGUUCAAGUUAUCUCCAAUUUUGUUGCAUCCCUCCAAACGUAGUUGAUAAACCGAUCGUGCCAAAGCCCGAUCCUUUACUACCCGUUCAAUCUGGAUGCGGGUACCGCCACGAAGACGGAGUUGGUUUCCGGAUAACCGGUGAUGAAGAUUCCGAAGCGAAAUUCGGUGAAUUCCCAUGGAUGGUUGCAAUUCUUCGCGAAGAACGAAUGGAUGGUCAAGAUGAAACCUUAAACGUUUAUCAAUGCGGAGGUACCUUAAUCCACCCUAAAGUUGUUAUAACCGCGGCUCAUUGCGUGAGUGAUCGUCAAAAAACGUUUAAAGUCCGCGCGGGAGAAUGGGACACUCAAACUAAAAAUGAAAUUUACGCCCAUCAAGAUCGCGCGGUGAAAUCUUGGACGAUUCACCCCGAAUAUUACGCUGGAGCUCUUUUUAACGACAUCGCCGUCUUAAUUUUAGAAGAACCUUUCAUAAUAGCUGAUAACGUCGAUGUUGCGUGUCUUCCCAAACAAUCUGAAGUAAUUCCCGAAGGGACCAGGUGUUUCGCUAGUGGGUGGGGCAAAGACGUCUUUGGAAAAGAAGGAAAAUAUCAAGUGAUUUUGAAAAAAAUCGAAUUACCAAUUGUCGAAAGGAAUAAGUGCGAAACUAGCUUAAGAACGACUCGUUUGGGGGCGUUCUUCAAAUUACACAAUAGUUUUAUUUGUGCUGGGGGUGAAGCAGGAAAAGAUACUUGCAAAGGGGAUGGAGGAAGUCCGUUGGUUUGUCCAAUUCCGGGAUUAAAAGGAAGGUAUCAACACGCAGGUAUUGUUGCUUGGGGAAUUGGAUGUGGGGAAAAUAACGUUCCGGGAGUUUACGCAAACGUUGGAUUAUUUAGGGAUUGGAUCGAUGCGGAAGUGAAGAAACACGGCAUUGAUCCCGCUAGUUAUACUUAUUAAAAAACAAAAUUGGAAAAAA